CUGAAGACCAAACCACCAGUAGGACAAACACCUGCUCCCGGGCACACCGUGGCCCAGACUCUGAGAAGCACCCCUGAGGAUAGCCAACCCCUCCGAGUUCCACAUCACCCCAGACAUGGAGACCCACCUGGCACAGUCUACAGGACAGACUCCGACCAAAACCCCAGCUGAAGAUGUUGCCGUGGACGCAGAGCUGGAGCACGCCAUCAUGGAGCGCCGCUUCUGUCCGCCUGUCAUCACCACGCAGAUGUGGGAGGGCUUCACCUACGCCGACUCCCAGAUCCGCAUCACCGAGUCGACCGGCUGCUACGGAGCCGUGCUCUGGCCCUCUGCAUCAGUCAUGUGCUAUCUGCUGGAUGUGAACCGUGACAAAUACAACCUGACUGACAAGAACGUCAUCGAACUAGGUGCCGGAACCGGAUUGGUAUCCAUAGUAACCAGCCUGCUGGGUGCCAAGGUAACCUCCACUGACCUUCCAAAUAUCCUGGGGAACUUGCAGUACAAUAUUAGCCGUAACACUAGAGGGCGCUGCAGACACACCCCCAAGGUCACAGAGCUCAUCUGGGGCCAGGAGCUGGAGCAACGCUUCCCCCAAGCCAGCAGUCACUUCGACUACAUCCUGGCUGCUGAUGUGGUGUAUGCUCACCCCUAUCUGGAGGAGCUGAUGCAGACAUUCGAGCACCUGUGUCAGGAGGGCACGGAGAUCCUCUGGGCCAUGCGCUUCCGGCUGGACAAGGAGAACACCUUCGUGGAGCGCUUCCAGAGCCGCUUCCAGGUGGAGGAGGUGUACAACCUGCCCAGCCUCUGCAUCAAGCUGUACCGAGCCUGGAGGAGGGUGGACCCUCGGGGGCCUGCCUGAGCGACUGGUGGAAGUGUGUGUAUGUUACGUGUGUGUGUGUGUGUGUGUGUACAGUUCAUAUUACCAAAAAAUCCCAAAAGUGCUUACAAGAAUAAUAUGACAAAAGUAUGACAUCAUAUAGAUACCUAAAAAACUGUGACUUAUUUUUACGUUUGUAUGCGGUAUGUCGCUUUUUAUUGAUUGUAUUGUAUAUUAUGCUUCCUAUAUAAAGAUUUUUUUUUUUAUUCUAUAGAAGCUAUUGUAUGAUAUUGAAAAACGGACUUACUGUAUAUUCCUACCCUUUCUCCAGACCAUAGCAUAAUAGUUUUAUUGUAAACGUUUUGUAUAAUACAAAAAAAAAAAUUGAUGUACAAUAUCAGAUAUUGUUUAUUUAAUAAACCUUUUUUAUAACACACAUGUUAAAUAAACAUAGUUUAUUCUCGA